AGUCCACAUCGACGCCUUCCUCCUACGACCGAGCUCCAAAGCCGCAGCCGCAGAGAUGAUGAAGCUGGUCUCCCUGAUCGUCGCUGCCCUGCUGGCAUUUGCCACCGCCCAGAGGUACAACCUGAGCCCUGCCGACCUGAGGGCGGUGCCCAUCAUCGCCUACAACAACGUCCCGCACGCAGCCGCCGACGGAUCCUACGAAUACGGAUACGAGACGGGCAACGGCAUCUUGGCCCAGGAGAAGGGCUUCGUCAAGAACCUGGGCUUCGUCGACCAGGAGACACAAGUGGCCCAGGGGUCGUACUCGUACACCGGACCUGACGGCGUCGUCUACACCGUCACCUACACGGCCGACGAGAACGGCUUCCAGCCCCAAGGAGCCCACCUGCCCACUCCACCACCGAUCCCAGCGGCGAUCCAGCGCGCCCUCGACUUCAUCGCUAGCCAACCGCCGCAGCCCGAGAACGCCGGAAGGAAGUAGGCGGGGUCGUGUCUACGGCAGCGACCACGACCUCGACGACGGUGACGACGACGACGUAGACAACGGACUCGGACGACGCAGCUUUGGAAGCAUCCACAGUAAACCACCAGCCCCCAGAACUUCUCAUCUAUAUGGACCGAGGCACAUGCAGACCACUUCAGGCGACCAUCACCUGUUAACCUGUUCAUUCAAACGGAUCGAAAGUUCAAGUUACUUUCUUGGAUUCGAACUGCUCCAGAAGCAUAAUGAUUCAUUCAGUUGUAAGUAAGGGCAGAGUAUUUAGAAUGUUUCCUCUAUAAUGUCUGGGAGGACGUUGUGUUUCUCUUCCUUCCUCUUUCACUGUAUCUUCCCAUUUGUCUUCCUCUCUUCCUUUUUGUGAAUAGAUCAUGUGUCUUCUAGUAACUAGUUCGAUGAUUUCUACUUUGUUUAUUUUAUAGACUUCCCUAUUACAAGUUGUGUCUCCAAUCGCAUUGCAUAUGUAGCAAAAUUCAAUACAAUUUCUGGAAACUGUGUUGCUACAGGAAUAAUACAAUUCCUUGUGCGUUGUUUCUUCGUUUCUUCCGUGGUAUCUGGUUGUGCACUGUAUUAAUCCUACGGUCUCCCUCCCACUUUCUCUUUCUAUCUCUUAUCUUGUUUCUUUCCUUUCCUUUUUCCGUUACUAGUAGGUUUUCGAUCUUACAGUAAAAAUGCUUAUUGUUUUUGCUCCUCUUCUCUGUAGAUGGUAGUGAUAGCCACUCUGCAUACUAGCUCUGUACGGUGAAGUAGUCUCUUACUUUCCGCUUCCGCUUCUGCACAUUUCACUUACUACUACAGAAACAAGCUUCUGCAUGCCCAGAUGGUAGUUUCAACCUACCGGUGCAAGGAAAGUAAACGUGCCAAGGACUCUAUUAAACAUCACAAACCUUCUUCUAUUUUUCAUGGUCAAGCAGACGUCGUAUCUCUCUGCUUCACCUCGCACGUCCUUAAUUCGCAGCGAGCUCGUGGCAGCAAUCUUCCAGCUCCGUUGAGCAAUAAGACGUAGCCGGUCCCUUCAGACAAUACGUAAUUAAAAUUUCUAAUUCCUGCCUCGCUUUUCAUACAAACGGACGGCGGCAGCGUGGCUCGCCGCUCCUCUCGUUAUAGCCGAUGACUCAGGCGGAUACUGCUGCAGUGGUAAACCCACUACUGCCGCCAUGUAACAGAUUAAACACAAGCUGCCCCGCUGGGGAACUGUUCUGCUGCGAGUCCUCUGACCUCAGAAUGUGCUGCAAACGGUGGCGAAGAAUUGUAGGAUAUGCGGUGGUUCUCUGUGGCAGUCUUCCAGCGCCAAACACAUUUAAUUUAUUAUAUUGUACUGAAGCUUAAGAUCUGUUGCUUGUUGACGCCAGAAAUUUUAUACUACUGACUGGGGUGUUUCGUGGAGCUUUGUUUAUUGUAAACCCAAGCACUUCCAACUUGGAUAAAAUUUCUGGCGUCAUUCCGGUUAACGUACUUACCUAUACUGUGCACGUACGAAUGGACGUAACAUCUCUCAAGAGUUUACCGCGUGUGGAUAGCUCUGGACAUUUUUCCAUGGUUUAUUAAUGUUUUUAUCGAGAUGAAGGCGUCCAUUUCUUAGUCCAUUUUUUGUACAACAUGUAUGUUUGAAACUACAUAUAUUUAUAUUUUUUGAUGAAAUAAAUUCAGGAAUUAUUG